AUGAUGACACUCAUUUCCUGCGCGUGCCUGGACCAUAUUCCUUCCUGUUUGCAGAACGGGGUUGUGAGAAGGCAAUUCCUUGAGCGGUGAAAGGCGCUUCGAUUAACAACGCAUACCUCUAGCUUCCUUCGCUUGGCCCUCACAUCUCAAUAAAAUCAACUACAUCCACUCACUUGGAUAUGACAUUCAUAGGCCGAACACCCGAAUCUCUGAUACUACGGUCAGACAGUCGAAAUCCAGCGACGACAUGCAAAGGCAUCACCAAGUCUGGCCGACCAUGUAGACGACCAAUUGAUGCAAAAGUGAGCGAAGACGACGGCGUUCUUGCCGUUGUGUCAGUCGCGGGCGAUAGUGACAGCGAAGAUAUUGGGGCUGCGGCAUACUUCUGUUGGCAGCACAAAGACCAGGCCGAGCAGUUGGCAGCCACAAAGAGUGACGGCCCGGAUACACAACUCUAUCCACUGAAAGAACGGAGCAGUAUAGAUACCCUGGUACAGCGACUCGGGGUUUUGGAAGUAGAUGAUGCCGUGCAGGAACCACAUCGCAAGAGGCGGGACAGCAGCAAGAAAGAGACUGGAUCGUCGGGCAAUCGGCCACCACGGCGGAUCAAUCGACCGGCGACCUGGGAUCGCGUCGAGGGGCCUUUGAUCUCAGUACCAAGCGACGUUAUGGCAGCGCAAAAGCAGCGCAGAAACAGCCGGCCCUCGAAACCUCCACCGCAGACAAAGAAGUCAGGCUUCUGGCAGUCUCUGUGCUGUGGUGCUGCAGACGACGAUGAGAUUGAAGUCAUAAGGCACAAGAAGCGGACAAGCCACCGUCCCGAGUAUGCGGCCGACACACCUAUGCAGCAGAUGCCACAAAUGCCCCCUCGCCCACAGCAGACACAUGGCAGUCGGCCAAGUGCAGCCUCAGCCCCACGACCUGUAUCGAGAACUCAGGCACCAGGUCGCAAGCUGAUCAGCAGUACCGUCGAAGGUGCAUCGGAGAAAGGGGGUAUGCUAAGAUACAUUCCCCAGAACGUGUCGCCGCAGCUGGCUGCGACCCUGCUUGCUGAGCUGUCCAAACCGAUUUCGCAACACGACGACGAAGGCUACAUAUACAUAUUUUGGCUGACACCGGAAGCUUCCGGACCAGCACCCUCAUCCGCAGCAUCCACAAUCCUCACUCCUCCGUCACAGCCCGGCCAGGCACGACGCACCUCCGACGUGCUACGCCAGUACUCGGUCAAGCACGGUUCGCGGCCGCGGUCAGGCUCUACACGCCAACGAUCUAGCAAUGAUGAAGCAAGCGGUGUCGUUGAGAAGGAUACCAUCCUUUUGAAGAUCGGACGCGCCAACAAUGUCCACCGUCGUAUGAACGAAUGGACACGCCAAUGUGGCUACUCGCUUUCCCUGGUGCGCUUUUACCCUUACAUCUCAUCAUCAACGCCCACGCCUUCGCCGCAAGCCUCGCCAACAAACUCUCGUCGCACCUCUGCGCAUAAUGUGAAGGGCAACCGGGGCGCGUCUGAUGCGGGCAUUGUGCGCAAAGUGCCUACGGUCAUGCGUGUGGAGCGCAUGAUCCAUCUUGAGCUUGUGGAGCAGCGGGUGAUGAAGAAGUGCGAUGCUUGUGGUAAACAGCAUCAAGAAUGGUUCGAGGUAGAUGCGACUAAGGAUGGUGUGAAGAAGGUGGAUGAAGUGAUCAAGCGGUGGGUGGAGUGGGCUGAGCGUGCAAACGAGGAGCGCAUGAAGUGAUUAAUAUCCCCCACUACGUGACGAGAACCACUCCGUAACGAGAUGGCAACACUAAUUAAUCGUCUGGAGACUCUCCUACGCAAGUAAAUAAAGUUGUAGCUAGUGUACUAGCAAUAUUCUACCAUUUCCG